CCUGGGGAGGCGGACAAGUGCGGACACAUUGGCCGCGCGGCGCUCGGCGAGGCGCGCACGGCCCCAGGCGGCUGCGCCCAGUGGAGGCAGCUCCCUCUCGCCUGCCGUGCUCGGGCCCCGGCCCCCGCCGGCGCUCGCAGGCCCCAGCGAUCGCGCAGCCCAGCACCGAGGUCGCGGUCCCCGGCCCAGGUCACUACCCAGGCGCACGCGGCGGCGGCAGCGGCAGCGGCGGCGGCGGCGCCCCGAGCUCACCAUGGUGGCAGCGCGCGCCGAGUCCUCGCGCGUCGCCGGCCGCCCGAGCCGCAGCGCCGGCUGAGAGAGGUCCACCGAAGCCCCCUGCCCUUGCCAGCUCCCCGCCCGGCCCGCGCGUCCCCUCCGGUCGCCGCUGUCUAUGGCGCAGCCCCCCUCCCUGGAUCAUGCACAGAAACUUUCGCAAGUGGAUUUUCUACGUGUUUCUCUGCUUUGGCGUCCUCUACGUGAAGCUCGGAGCGCUGUCGUCCGUCGUGGCCCUGGGAGCCAACAUCAUCUGCAACAAGAUUCCUGGCUUGGCCCCACGGCAGCGUGCCAUCUGCCAGAGCCGGCCUGAUGCCAUCAUCGUGAUCGGGGAGGGGGCGCAGAUGGGCAUCAACGAAUGCCAGUACCAAUUCCGCUUCGGACGCUGGAACUGCUCCGCCCUGGGCGAGAAGACUGUCUUCGGGCAAGAGCUCCGAGUAGGGAGCCGGGAGGCCGCCUUCACCUACGCCAUCACCGCGGCCGGGGUGGCCCACGCCGUCACGGCCGCCUGCAGCCAGGGGAACCUGAGCAACUGCGGGUGCGACCGAGAGAAGCAGGGCUACUACAACCAGGCGGAGGGCUGGAAGUGGGGCGGCUGCUCCGCCGACGUGCGCUACGGCAUCGACUUCUCCCGGCGCUUCGUGGACGCCCGUGAGAUCAAGAAAAACGCGCGGCGCCUCAUGAACCUGCACAACAACGAGGCCGGCAGGAAGGUCCUGGAGGAGCGCAUGAAGCUGGAGUGCAAGUGCCACGGCGUGUCGGGCUCGUGCACCACCAAGACGUGCUGGACCACGCUGCCCAAGUUCCGCGAGGUGGGCCACCUGCUCAAGGAGAAGUACAACGCCGCGGUGCAGGUGGAGGUGGUGCGGGCCAGCCGCCUGCGGCAGCCCACCUUCCUGCGGAUCAAGCAGCUGCGCAGCUACCAGAAGCCCAUGGAGACGGACCUGGUGUACAUCGAGAAGUCGCCCAACUACUGCGAGGAGGACGCGGCCACGGGCAGCGUGGGCACUCAGGGCCGCCUGUGCAACCGCACGUCGCCGGGCGCGGACGGCUGCGACACCAUGUGCUGCGGCCGUGGCUACAACACCCACCAGUACACCAAGGUGUGGCAGUGCAACUGCAAGUUCCACUGGUGCUGCUUUGUCAAGUGCAACACCUGCAGCGAGCGCACCGAGGUCUUCACCUGCAAGUGAGCGCGCGCGCGCCCCCGCCGCCGGCACGCGCGCGCCCCCGCCCCUCCCCCCGCCCCCCGCCCUGCUGGCUGCGGGGUGGGGGGCGGCGGGGAGCUCAGGGCGCGGGAGGGCUGCUCCCACCGGCGCCCGCUCGCUGCCCGCAGGGGCUCCUUCCCGCCUUUCUCGUCACUUCCGGUGGUCGAGCGAUGCCCAGAGGGCAAGGCCGAUGGCACCGGUGUCCCCGGUGGGGCGCCCAGCGAAUUCUUGUUCUUUUCUCUGGGGAAUUGAACCCCAAGGACACACGUCCUGGAAAGCGAAGUGACGACAAGACUCUGAGUGUCCCCCUCCCCCACCUUGUGGCACGGACAUGGAUGUGCCAUGCCGGCUGACCACCCCCGCCCCCUCCCCGCGGGACUUUUUCCCUGGCCGCAUCAGCCACAGGGCUUCCCCCCGCCCCGGGUGGUCUGGGCAGAUGCUGACACAUUUUAUUUAUGUUUUCUUAGUAUCAGAAAAGGAUUCUUAGCACUAAGGCAUAGCCAGUCCUAACUCUGUACUCCGUGUUAGCGCAUUCCCUUGUGGCCCUCUGCUCCCUGUCCCCGCCUCUCUAGACCCCAGGGAGCAUCUCCGUGCCCAGCUCCCUCCUGGCCCUGCCCCCAGGGGGCCUCUGAGGGGAGCCACCAGCAGGGAUCCUUCUUUUUAAAAAAUCACAUCCAACAAAUCAAAGUGUCACCUAUGUCAGGUUCCAGGAGUGCUGUGUUCCCUCCCCGAUGCUGUCACCCUCCCGGUCCCCCCUCCAGCCUGGCACCCAGUUUACAGAGCCCCCUGCCCCCCUGGAGCCAGCUGAAACCCUAGGACAGCAGUGUGCUGGUGGCGGGCUGGUGGGGUGGGGGUGGUUCGGGGCGGGGCGGGGGGCGGGGCGCUGCCUUUGGCAGAUGCGGACACUGAGGCCCAGAAUGGCUCAGAAUUAGCCAGAGGCCCCGAGGCCGUGAGUGGAGGCUCCUGCCUUGGCUCGGGCAUCCUGACCCCCCAGGCCAGGGCUCCUGACCCUGGAAGACCUACUCUGGGGACAUCCAGGUUGGCAUGAGACUGACCCCAUGUUUUGUGAAAUCUGGCUGCUCCCCUCAUCCCCUGAUGCCAGCCACACUGGGACCUACACCCUCAGAGGUGCCUGCUGGGAUUUCUCUAGUGGCCCCGUGCCCAGUCCUACUCCUUUGGCCCUGAUCCCCAUGCUGAGAAAACUUGGAUCCACGAGGACGCUUGGCCAGAGCUCCCCACCUGCUGCCCUCCAGACACCUCCCCCAGGGGCCCCCCCAUGCACACCCUCCUCUUAAAGUUCAACUCUCCCUGAAACCUGGGAGAGGAGGACGAGAAGGGUCCCGCUCGGUUCUAAACCACGGGCAGGGUGGGGAGGGGCCCAAACCCUGGGACUUGGGGCGAUGCAUCCUCUGCGAACAUUCCCACCCUCCCCUGGGGAGUCUGAAGCCCAGAGGAGGUGAACCUGCCAGCAAGAUGGUGUGCAGCUGGCUCCCGGUGUGCCCACCACUGCUCCUGUGCCCUCCCCCACCCAAAUAUAGGGUAUUUACUUGUAGAAACCUGUGGAAAUGUGUCCUCAGGCAGCUGCCCGGCCAAGUGGGCGAGACAUUAGCCAGGGGUGAGUGACACUGUCUGGGCCCUGGCGUCCACCCUGUUGUGCCCCUGAUGGUGCCAGGACACGCCAUUAGCCGCUGUUCUGGGCACUUCCUGGCUGCCGUGAAUGCCCCCGACCUGCGCAGCACCCCCUCCCCCGCCCCGCCUCCCCGGGUCCCAGGACACCACUGAGUCCACAGGCCCAGCACCUUCUGCCAAGGAACCUGGUUAACUUAUAUUGUUAUAUAGCGUUAAAGUGUCUAUCAUGUCUUUUAAAUUAUUGUGACUUACACUGGGUACUGGAGGGAGGGGACAGCCUCAAGCAUUCCCCGGAGCCAGGCUCCUCCUCCUGCUUGAAACAGACUCUUGGGGCCUCCUGAUGCCAUUGAGUCACGCGCACUGUCCAGGCACCUCCGCUGAGACCCUGCCCUCCUUAACUGUCAGCAGCAACCCUUCCCUUGGGUGAACGGGGGUUCGUGCGGCCCUCGUGGGGCGGUGGCGGUCUGGGCACUGCGUCGUCCCCGUAGCUCCUCCCACUUCAGGAGAGCUGCUGGGUUUCCGACGGGCUGUGUCUUGCCUUCCCUGGAGGGGAGCGCCCAGCUCCAAUAAAGCUGGAAUCAGAAGUGA